AUGUCGGCGCUGAACGAUAGUCGUAGUACUAGCGGGCGUCCACUUCCAGGCGGGAAGUCGCACGCACUGCGACCGCAGAGGACACCUCCCUCGUUGUGUGCCGACGAUGUGGGGGCUAGCAGUGGCGGUGAUGGCAUCGGCGAAUUCGAGACAGCGUUUGAGCAUCUCCACAGCAUACGUAGCGAAGAAGAGGGCAGCGUAGAUCCCGCCCCUUCUGCCGAGCAGCGUAUGCGUUGUAUUCAGCGAGAUGUAUAUCGGCAUGAGCGCCAGAUUGCUUCCCUCCUCAGUGAAAAACAUGAGCACUGUGAGCAUCUAGCGACUGUGUACGAAGAGCUGGAAAAGAUGCUUCGCAAAAUCCAGCUGACGCCGCUGGAGGACCUUAAGGGGCAUGCCGCGUCUCCCUCUGCUUCGACGUUUUGUGCACCGAGCCGCGACGAGGACGGCUAUGCGGCGUCGAGUACCGUUUCUGCACUCGCAUCUUCGCUGCAGCAGAGCUUUCACCAGGUGCUUCAACGGCAUCAGGAUCGUGUUUACGAGGUUCUCGUUGACUACCGGCAGCAGAUCGACAAAAAUGAGUACGAGACUGGUCGGCGUCUGUGCGCCAUUGAGGGCGCGAUUGCACAGAUUCAGUCGGAUGUGCGCGAACUACAACACACAGCCAGCAUCCAGGCAGAGGAGCUGCGACACGUUCAGCAGGACAUGCGUCUACGUGCAGAGGCGGUGACCGCGCAGCAAGAGGCGCAACGCGCCGCCCUCGACGCGAUUGGGGAAGCGCGAGACACCAAGGCAGCGAAGUUGCUAAGCAAGAUUCAAGACGACGUUGCUCAACUCAUGGCCGACGCAAAGGCUGUGCGGACUCAGCAAAUACAAAGCGGGAAGGAUGUCGAGGAGCAGAUUCGGUCGCUGUUAUUAGCCCAACAGAGGGCGGAGGAGGCCUUGGGGGUACAUAGGGCGUCUAUCGCGCUGUUGCAGAACCAGGAUUCGCUUGAGGGGGCCUUUCAUGAGGUGAAGGACUGGCUCGGUGACCUCGAAAAGCGGAUGGUCAGCCGCGGCGAGCUACUGCAGUGGACAGAGUCUUUGCAGAGUGAAAUUCAUCAGAUGCGGCGUGUCACGAGUGGGGUGCUCUCGCACACGAUUGAACCAACUGCGCCUGGCCAAGAUGCUUAG